CAGACAGCUACAUACAAGCAAGAUAAGAAACGAGCACCUUGUCCCGAGUUGCCAUCAGUUUCUGCAGGACACUCCUUUGGCAGGAUGUGGCAAUUACUUCUUGUGGCGGCCUUUGUCGCCGGCAGUCAUGGAUUGAAGGUACAGUUGUCGGGAAUCAAGGACAACACGGGGAAGUUUGAGGGUACAUUCAACGUCCAGGCCACAGACACCAUCGACGGUUGGCUUCUAGACAUCACCUUCUGCGAGGCCAUCACAGGAUUUUCGCAAUGGCAAGGUGAUAUGAUAUCAAAGAACACAGACGGCACCCACUUCAAGAUCGUCAACAAGGCGUACGACGGUAUCAUCAACAAAGGGUCCUCCCUGUCCAUAACCGUCACCGGCUCCUACUCAGGAAGUAAAGCACCUUGCGCAUCUGCCGAAUUCACCAACCUAGGGAAAGAUCCAUUCAAGGUCCAGAUUCCAAGGGAUCCUGACCAAACCAAGUAUAACUACGACGAGGUUCUCAUGAAGUCCAUCCUGUUCUACGAGGCGCAGAGAUCUGGUAAACUUCCGGCGAGUAACCGCAUCCCGUGGAGAGGUGACUCCGCCCUCAAGGACAAGGGAAGCGGGGGAGUAGACCUCACGGGGGGAUGGUAUGAUGCCGGUGAUCAUGUGAAGUUUGGGCUGCCUAUGGCCUACUCCACCACAGUUCUCCUCUGGGGCCUGAUCCAGUGGAAGGACGCCUACCAGAAGGCCAAACAGCUGGACUUCAUGUACGACAGCGUUAAAUGGCCGCUCGACUACUUCCUGAAAGCCCACGUCAGCAAGAACGAGUUAUAUGUUCAGGUGGGUGACGGUGGCGCAGACCACGCCUACUGGGGCCGCCCAGAGGACAUGACCAUGGCCAGACCAGCCUACAAGAUCUCCACUUCCUGUCCAGGCGCCGACGUCGCUGCCGAGACCGCUGCUGCCUUUGCAGCUGGAUAUUUAGCGUUCAAGGAUAGAGAUAGUAGUUAUGCGGCAACAUUGCUUCAACACGGUAGACAGCUGUACGACUUCGCCCUCUACAACCCCGGCAUCUACACUGACUGCAUCAACCAAGCCGCUGCCUACUACAGGUCAAUGGGCUACAGGGACGAGCUGGCGUGGGGUGGCGCCUGGCUGUACUGGGCCACCAAGGAACAGAAGUAUCUGACUGCGGCUGAGAACUUCCACCAGAACGGAUCCGCGUGGGGAUUCUCCUGGGAUGACAAACAGGCGGGAGAAACAGUGUUGCUGUACAAGCUGACCAAGAAGGACAAGUACAAGCAGGACAUUGUCCAGACCUACCAGGACUGGAUGCCCGGCGGCUCCAUCCCAUACACCCCCCACGGCCUCGCCUACAGACUGCAGUGGGGAGCUAUCAGAUAUGCCAAUAACAUGGCGUUCACGGCACUGAUGGCAGCAGAAGAAGGCCUCAGUCCUGCGGCGUACAGGAAGUGGGCUAUGAGUCAGGUUCACUUCGCACUGGGAGAUGCUGGCCACAGCUACGUUGUUGGAUUCGGAAAGAACGCCCCUCAACGCCCCCACCACAGGGGAAGCUCCUGCCCAAUGAUGCCUGCUCCCUGUGGCUGGAACGACCAGCGCCAAGCGGGCCCGAACCCCCACACACUAUUUGGGGCGUUAGUGGGGGGACCGGACAAGUCCGGGUCCUACUCUGACAAGCGAGAGGACUUUGUCAGGAACGAAGUAGCGUGUGACUACAACGCCGCCUUCCAGGGAGGAGUUGCAGCUCUGAAAUCGCUGUACUUGAGGAAGCUAUACCCGAACUAAACUCAACAUACUUGUUUACAUUAUCAUGGAAUAAAUACUAUACACUUGUACACUUC